CAAAAGUUCGCCGUUGUCGGUCUAUAUGACAGUCUCAAGAUCGUUUUUAUCAAUCGUCACUCUGGAACUUUAAUGUUCUUUUGAUCACCAUUGAAUAUUUACUAUAAAAUCUUAGACACGCAAUUUGUUUACAGCAGCAAGUCAUCGAGAGCGUUGGUUUUCAGGUUAAAAGAUGGCGACAGCGGAUGAUUUAGCUAUCGCUAUAGGAUCGCCUGGACGAUUUCAAGUUGUGUUAUGUUUAAUGGUGUCUGUUUCGUCUUUCUUCGUCAGCUGGGGGUAUCUUGGAAUGGCUUUUUAUGCUGCGGAGACUGAUCAUCACUGUCUUCUUCCAAACUCCUCGACGAACAUUGAUGAUUUCAUACCGACUAUAAAGGAAAACGGCAAAGAAGUCUUAGAUCGCUGUCAUCUUUAUUCCGACGUCAAUAAAACUACGAAAAUAUCCUGUACUCAUGGUUGGACCUAUAAUCUUUCUGACGGAGAGACAACAAUUAUUUCAGAGUGGGAUCUUGUCUGUGAUGACGUUUACAAAAGUAACAUUGUCACUGUACUAUUUAGUUGUGGAAUGAUGUUAGGAAUACUAUUUGGUCAGCUGUCAGAUAAAUUUGGAAGAAAACCUGUAUUUCUGUUUACAACUUUCUCACAUGUCAUAGUGGGCAUUGUCAUUUUCUUCACUAAUAACUACAUCGUUUUUGUAUUUUGUCGUUUUGUCCUUGGCUCUCUCGUGGAGGGUUUACAAUCAAUGUCGUACGUCAUACCAAUUGAACUUUUUGCCAGUAAAUAUCGAACGACAUUCACGCUAUUUAAUGCGUUAUUCUGGGGUAUUGGUGUUAUGAUUCUUGCUCUUAUAUCCUUUGUGUUGCAAGAUUGGAGAAAGAUCCAUCUAUUUACAACUGCCUGUGUGUUGGUACAAGUGCCUUUGAUCUGGUUUUUACCGGAGUCCUUUCGUUGGUUGUUUACACAAAAUAAAGUUGACGAUGCAAGGGCUGUAGUUGAAAGGAUAACAAAGUUUAACAAGUUGCGUUUUCCUCGUGAGAUAUUUGACGACGUCGCUCAUUCGGUGAAUGACAAGGAUGACUUGCGUUCCAAGAGAGUUUACACGUUUUUUGAUCUGUUGAAGUCACGUGAACUAAGAAAGCGAUUGUUGAUAGCAGCUUUUGUUUGGAAUUCAAUCGUGCUUACAUAUGUUGGCCUGACACUCGAAAAUUCAAAACUUGCUGGCAAUAAAUAUCUUAAUUUCUUUAUUGGUGGCGUUUUAGAGGUCGUCAUCGUCGUUAUAAUAAUGUUCAUCUUUCACAGAUGUGGUCGCAGGAAACUUGCUGGUCUUUUUUUGAUACUUGCUGGUAUAGCGUGUUUGGUUUCUGUCGCUCUACGAAAUAACAAUGAGUCUCUUGAUCCCCUGCGAACAUCCCUAUCUCUGUUUGGACGGAUGUGUCUUUCUGGGGACAUGGCCGUCAUGCUCAUUUAUACAGCCGAGUUAUUUCCAACAGUUGUAAGAAGUGUUGGUCUCGGUUUUUCUAUGUUUGGUGCAAGGGUUGGCUAUAUUUUAGCUCCACAAAUCAACCUGAUUGGCAGCUACACGUAUGAGUCGGUGCCUUAUGUUAUUUUUGGAAGUUUUGCUCUCCUUGCUGGGCUGUCCCUGAGAGCAAUGCCAGAGACUCUGAAUGUUAAACUUCCUGAAACUAUUGAAGAAGUACACAAAAAGACAGAGUCAAACAAAGUAGCAGGAUCUUCUCUCACAAUAAUGUCAAAGACAGAAAAUGUUGAACUUCCUGACUCUACUGAAAGAGAGGUCAAGACAAACUCAAGAAAUGUGGCAGGAUCUUCUCUCACAGUGAUGCCAGAGACAGUGAAUGUUGAAAUUCCUGACUCUACUGAAAGAGAGGUCAAGAGAAACUCAAGAAAUGUGGCAGGAUCUUCUCUUACAGUGAUGCCAGGGACAGUGAAUGUUGAAAUUCCUGACUCUACUGAAAGAGAGGUCAAGACAAACUCAAGAAAUGUGGCAGGAUCUUCUCUCACAGUGAUGCCAGAGACAGUGAAUGUUGAACUUCCUGACUCUACUGAAAGAGAGGUCAAGACAAACUCAAGAAAUGUAGCAUGAAGACAAGAGGAAGACAAACAAUAUAAAGCAAUAAAACCAUAAAAAUAUAAAUAAGUUUCUGCAAAGACUAUUCACCAGGACUUGAUGAUCGCUGGGGUGUAGUUGUUGAUUCUUGUGUAUCCAUGGAAAUAAUCGCUGGAACUCUAUUCAAAAUAAUCAAUUGAUAGGAAUAUAGGAUGCAUUAGAUUUAAAGGAAUCUCGCGUAUGAUUGCUUGACAUGAACGUAGAACGUUUACACACGAACGUGAAACGUUGAAAUACCAACACAAAAAUUGGAUGAAUUCAAAUAUUUAGGUUCAUGAUGUACAUAUGAUGUACAGAGUGAUUUAAAAAACUUCAACUGUAUGUGUAGUUUGCCUAGGAGACAAUUCAAAUUUGCAUACCAUUGCUUUUGGUAAUGUAUUUUUGUAUUUUGCUUUUUUUAUCAAACAGUAUUUAAAUAUAAUAUGAUAUUUCAUUCUCAUGUUCUGAAA